AUGACUCUACAAGCUACUGACAAAUUCGCUACCAAGGCUAUCCAUGCUGGUGAACACAUUGACUCUCACGGUUCUGUCAUUGAACCAAUCUCUUUGUCUACUACUUUCAAGCAAUCUGCUCCAGCUCAACCAAUUGGUACAUACGAAUAUUCUCGUUCUCAAAACCCAAACAGAGAAAAUUUGGAAAAUGCAAUUGCUUCCUUAGAAAACGGUAAGUACGGUCUAGCUUUCUCUUCUGGUUCAGCUACUACUGCUAUUAUCUUACAAUCUCUACCACAAGGUUCUCACGCCAUCUCUAUUGGUGACGUUUACGGUGGUACUCACAGAUACUUCACUAAAGUUGCUAAUGCUCAUGGUGUCGACACCACUUUCACAAACAACUUGCUAGAAGAUCUACCAUCUUUAGUUAAAGAAAACACUAAGUUAGUUUGGAUUGAAUCCCCAACUAACCCAACUUUAAAGGUCACUGAUAUUCAAGCUGUCUCCGAUAAGAUCAAGUCUCUAAACAAAGACAUCUUAUUGGUUGUCGACAACACUUUCUUGUCUCCAUACUUAUCUAACCCAUUGAACUUCGGUGCUGAUAUUGUUGUUCACUCUGCUACCAAAUACAUUAACGGUCACUCCGAUGUUGUGCUCGGUGUUUUGGCUACUAACAACAAGGCUGUUUACGAAAGAUUACAAUUCCUACAAAACGCCGUUGGUGCCAUUCCAUCUCCAUUCGACGCUUGGUUAACUCACAGAGGUCUAAAGACUUUACACUUACGUGUUAGACAAGCCGCUCUUAACGCUACCAAGAUUGCUGAAUUUUUAGCAUCCAACGAAAAUGUCAUUGCUGUCAACUACCCUGGUCUACCAACUCAUCCAAACUACGAAAUCGUUAAAAAGCAACACCGUGAUGCUCUAGGUGGUGGUAUGAUCUCUUUCAGAAUUAAGGGUGGUGCUGAAGCUGCUGCUAAGUUCUCUUCCACUACUAGACUAUUCACCUUGGCUGAAUCUCUAGGUGGUAUCGAAUCUCUACUAGAAGUUCCAGCCGUCAUGACUCAUGGUGGUAUUCCAAAGGAAGCUAGAGAAGCCACUGGUGUCUUUGACGAUUUGGUUAGAUUGUCUGUCGGUAUCGAAGAUGGUGAUGAUUUAUUGGAUGAUGUUAAGCAAGCUCUAGCUGCUGCAGCUAACUAG